CUAAAUGAUCGCUGCCGAAGUGCCGGACGGAACACGGAAUAUGAUCUGGACUGGCAUUGUUGCUGGUGUAGAGUGGUUUAAAGUAAACGUAUUCCAGAAUGUCCUUGCAGCAAAAAUAUAUGCAUAACUUGAAUAAUGAUUGAUUAUAUGCGAAUGAAACAUAAUCGUACAAUGAGAGUGUCGUGACAUAUUUGUUAAGAAAAGUAUUACAAAUUGUAAAAGAAAAAUGGAGUGUACUGAUGAAAGUUGGUCUGUAGACUGUUCCGAUGAUGAGAAAUAUGAAGUGGAUGAAAAGCAUCAGUGGAAUAUAAGGGCUGAAGAUAUCGUUUCAUUGAUUGAAGGUUUGGAAGUAAACAAUUGCAUACUAGAGCUUGAAUGGAAAUGUCCUGGCAGACGAGGUCCAUCUCCUGUUCCUUUGAAUAAUCUACAACAGGAGUUUGAAUCUCCAGAAUACAAAACUGAAGAGAAGUCUGAUUUUGAUUUUAUGGAUGAGAUGUCGUCGCCUAGGUUACCUGUACGGAGGAUUGGAGAAAGCACUCCAAAAGGUAGUGCCAAGAAAAAGAUUGCCAGCUUUAAUGGUGUGAUAUCUACAAUGUUAAGACAUCGUAGAUUGGAGCAACAAGAAAUAAAUUCAAGUCCAAAAAAGAGUGAAUCUCCUAUGUUAAAACCACAUACUUAAUAUAAUACUUACUUUUAUUUUUUGUAACAAUUUGUACACGUAUACAGAUUGAAAUAAAAACCUGUAGAAAAUAUAAAUUUACAAUAUGAAUAGUAAGGACGCUAUAUAAAAGAAAUUACAUAACUGUAGUGUUUUAUACAUUACAGUUUUAUACACUGUAAUAAUAAUAUUUUUAGAAAUUAUAAGAGAUGUGUGUUAAUUA